AUGAUGGAAGGAGAAUUGAAACACGAUAUUGACAAAUUAAUUGAAGAACUACGGUUUGUUGUAAAAUCUGAGAAAGAGAUUAAAGAUAUCAUCCCUAUUUUAGAUUCCAUUGUCAACGUUAGCAAAGCUUCCAUUGGAGAAGCUACUGACUUCACAGUAGAUGAUGUCUUCUUAACUUUGUUGCACCAUGAAUCUAAAGAGAUUGUAGCAAAGACUGCUAAAGCAAUUGCUGAGAUUGCAAAAAGUGAAAAAGGAAGGGAAAAAUGCACCAAUAUAGACUUGGUUACUACAUUAAUAGAUCUUUUAAAGGAAGAUCGUGUUGAUGUAUUGACACAGACAUCCAGAGCUUUGGGAAAUAUUUGUUAUGAGAAUGAGAAUGGUAAGAAAUUUGUCGAAGAUAAAAAUGGGUUAAUGUCAAUUUUGGGUGUAUUGGAGAAAAGUGUUGCAUUAAAGGAUGUAGAAGGUGCACCAUUCCUUCGUAAUGUUGCUGCAGGACUUUUACUAAACUUCCUUAUUGAUCGACCAUCUCUCUAUUCAAAGGCAUUGGAACAUGAGAUGGUGCCUAUCAUCUGUACCAUUUUAGAAACUGAUGGAACUGCAGGUGGAGAGGCUGCAAUGCAUGCUCUUUCAAUAUUGAGAAUACUUGAUGAUGAUUCUGCAGUAUUUUUGGAUGAGAGGCUUACAAAAAUUUUAGUAAAUAUUUUAACAACUGAUACAUCACUGGAACUUUUUGAAAUGUGUUUAGAAGUUCUUCAUGGUCAAGCAGAAGAUGAAAAAGCAAAAUCAUUGCUUGCUAGGGCAGGUGUUUGUGAAUUGUUGUUAAAACUUUUAGAAAAACACAGUCCAUAUUGUACAGAUGAAGAAACUAGGUCUGUGUUAAAAAUUGCUUGCAAUCUAAUUGUUCUUGUCUUAACUGGAGAUGACAGUAUGAAUACUUUGUAUGAUGACAGUAAUGGUGUUGUAUAUAAAAAGCUGGUUGAAUGGCUUGAUAGUGAAGACAGAGACUUGCAAGUCACAGCAGUAUUAGCAAUGGGCAAUUUUGCACGUACUGAUGCCCAUUGCAAACUUAUGGUUACAAAAGGCGUUCAUUGUGACCUUUUAAAAUUGCUUCAGGAGAAUAAUACUGAUGCUGGUGACAUAAUUUUUCAACAUGCUUUACUCAGUGCUUUAAGGAAUCUUGUUAUUCCUGCAGAUAAUAAACCUGUAAUAUUGAAAGAUGGACUGAUCAAUGUUUUAUAUUCCAUGCUGGAUAUUCCAUCAUAUCCAGUUGUGUUUAAAUUAUUGGGCACUUUAAGGAUUGUUAUUGAUGGUCAAAGUAAGAUUGUUUUAGACAUACAAUUACUAAUAUUUAUAUUUUGUUAUUCUAGGAGUAAAGAAAUAGUUUUCUCAAUAAUACAACAUGGUGGAGUGAAACACCUAGUCAAAAUGUUAACAGCACCACACUUUUUAAUGCGGAAUGAAGCUUUAAUUAGCUUGAAGAUAUUGAUCAAAACCUGUUUAACUGAGCAUGAAAACCUUAUUGAGGUUGAUACAGAAGAAAAUCAAAGUUCAAGGAAAGACCAACCAACCCAACAGAUAUCAGUUUUGCAACAUAUUUCAUUUAUAGUAGAUAACAUUACUAAUUCAGAUGCCUUAAAGGAACAUCCUGGGAAAAAUGAAUUACUACAAUUACUUGAAACAAAACAAAUCAAAGAUCCAACAGUUAAUGAAAAAUUACAAAAACUUCACGAUAAACUUGCGCUGUUAAGUGUUGAAGAAUUAUUAAAAACGUAUAAGCUUCUGUCAGAUAUGGGCAUCUAA